AGAGGUUAAUCAAUGAUCUUGACAGAAGUUCAGGGAAGUACCGAGAUGAUGUUCACUUCAAGACAGCCUGUAUGUCCUUCAUCAAUGCUGUCAUCAAGUAUGGAGCAGGAGAGGAUAAUUUGGAAUUUAGGAUUCACUUGAGAUAUGAAUUUCUAAUGCUUGGUAUUCAGCCUGUGAUAGACAAGUUAAGAACACUAGAAAAUGCAACAUUAGAUAGGCAUUUAGAUUUCUUUGAGCUGGUCAGAAAUGAAGAUGAAAGAGAACUUGCCAAAAGGUUUGACAUGGUUCAUGUUGAUGUACGGAAUGGCAAUAAUAUGUUUGAUGUUAUUAAGAAGAAGAUCAGUCAUACAGAGGCUUAUCCACAUCUCAUGUCCAUCCUACAGCAUUUAUUACUGCUUCCAAACCAAGGCAAGAGUAUCCAUCAUUGGUCCCUGGUAGACCUCUUACUCCAGCAAAUCGUACUACAGUUUGACGACGGAGGCAACCCGGACGUCUCGCCCUUUGACAUCAACUUCAAGGACGUCAUCGAGAAGGUCAUCAACCAGGAUGUUAUUAGGCAGCGAGAAGCAGAGGAAAGAGAAAGAGAAUAUGGAGAGCUGAAAGAACAGCUAGAGAGGAAAGACAGGGAGUUGGAUGGCAAGGAAAAGCAACGGAGGUCAGACGUUCAGUCAAUGUCGUCGGAAGAGGCGAUGGCUGCCCUCAACGCCAUGCAGGAGAAGUCCAACAAGCAGUCCGCUGACCUCACUGAAUCAAAAAAACAUUGUGAAGGCCUGCAGCAAGAGCUAUUACGACUACAACAAAUGAUCGCAUCAGGGAAGAGCAACGGCCCAAGCAUAUCAGACGAUGACAAACUCCAGAAGACUGGCGGUAUUCCUGCGGCUCCCGGUGGUCCCCCUCCUCCACCACCCAUGAUGGGAGGGGGCGGGGCACCUCCACCUCCACCACCACCCUUCUCUGGUGGUGGUGGUCCCCCUCCUCCACCACCCCCAGGGAUGUUUGGUGGUGGACCCCCACCCCCACCUGGUAUGCCAGGGCCACCCCCUAUCGGAGGUAUGUCCCUCCCAGCAAAGAAAAGAGACCUUCCAAAACCUUCCAAUCCUCUCAAGUCAUUCAAUUGGUCCAAGCUGCCAGAUAUGAAGAUACAGGGAACCAUCUGGCAAGAUCUAGACGAUCUCAAGGUAAUCAAAGUCCUUGACCUGCGUGAGUUUGACAACACCUUCUCAGCGUACCAGAAGAAGGGUGAUGAAACCGACCGAGGGGAAGAGAUCACUGGCAGCAUCAAGUCUCAGAAGCCAAAGGAACUAGCCCUGAUUGAUGGCCGACGGGCUCAGAACUGUACCAUCCUCCUCUCUAAACUCAAGAUUACCAACGCUGAUAUCCACAGGGCUCUCCUUUCCAUGGACUCUGCAGAUUGUCUUCCUAAAGACAUGGUUGAGCAGCUAUUAAAGUAUGUGCCUACCCCUGAGGAGAUAAGCCUUCUGAGGGAACAUGAGAAGGAGAAAGAAAACAUGGCCAAGGCUGAUCGGUUCUUCUUUGAGAUGAGCAAGAUAGAUCACUAUGAACAGAGGUUAAAAUGUCUCUUCUUUAAGAAGAGGUUCCAGGAGAGGAUGGGCGAGGUCAAACCAAAGGUCGAAGCUCUUCUGAAAGCAUCAAGGGAGGUUGGGAACAGCAAAAGGCUGAGGAAGAUUUUGGAGAUCGUCCUGGCAUUCGGCAAUUACAUGAACAGAGGGGCAAGGGGGAAUGCAUCAGGGUUCAAAAUUAGCAGCUUGAAUAAAAUAAUGGAUACCAAGUCGAGCUCCAAUAGGAACGUGACGUUACUCCACUACCUGAUAGAGAUGCUGGAAAAGAAGUUCCCUGAUGUAGUCAAACUUGAAGAAGAGAUGCCCCAUGUCAGAAUAUCUGCCAAGGUCAACUUACAAGAACUUGAGAAAGAAAUGGCUCAAAUUGCCCAAGGUCUGAACGUAGUUGAAGUGGAAUUGGAGUAUCAGAAGAAGAAGCCAAAGACUGAGAAGCAUGAUAAGUUUAUUUCUGUAAUGAGUGACUUCAAGACGCUCUCAUCUAUCAGCUUUGGCAAGGUUCAAGAUCUGCUGGUGGAAGCCAAAGAGAAGUUUGUGAAAGUAGCCAAAUCUUUCGGAGAGGAUCCAACAAAGAUAACACCCGAGGAACUCUUUGGUACCUUUGACCUCUUCCUUCAGUCAUUCCAUGAAGCCAAGACAGAUAAUGAAAAUAUUAGGAAAAAGAAAGAGGAAGAUGAGAGGCGAGCAAAGAGAGAAAAAGAGAUGUCGGAGAAGAGGAAGAACAAAAAGAUUUCAGGUAAGGUUAAAGGCAAUGGCGAUGGUGAAUUUGACGACCUCAUAUCGGCUCUACGAACAGGGGACAUGUUCACGGAAGACAUGAGUAAACUCGCUAAGAAAAACAAGCGACGCAUGGGGCAAGGGCAACCAGGACAACAACACAACAACUCGGCCAAUUCAAUGGCAGACAGCAGAGAACGAUUGGGCAAGCCCAAGACUGGUAAUGGACGGUCAAUGACUCAGAUCUAGUGAGGUCUUAAAGAGAACUGAAUGACCUAGAGGAAACCCUCGGAAAUGUGCCCGGCAAUUCACUCCAGGCUUCCAGGAGAAACAGGCAUUGGUUUGUGUAUAUAUUUCAAAUGGCAGAGCUAUAUUGUGUCGGAAGCCGACAUGGAAGUGGGUACGUGUCUGUUAAUGCGAGGGAUGCGCUAAACGAGAGGUCUGUCUUUCUUCUAAAUCAAGUGCAGCUUUGAACCGAGACCAAGCCAAGUGCAGCAGUUGGAGUGUAGCACAGAGCUGAUUAUGUGAGAGAAGUUGUCUUGGUGGAACAUUAUUAGGUGUCUCAGAGGUGAGGGAAUCUGCUCCAGUACAAGUAUGCUAUGCAUGCAUUUCACCCGAGAUCAGAAAGGAUUAACCUGAUAACUGCUGAAUUCUCCAAAUCACAUAGGCUUCAAACAGGGACUUUCUGAUUCCCACAGGCAGCGGGUUGACUUCAUCAUGUGGGUCUGUAGAGCAGAAGUAGUAUAUCAAAACAUUUAUUCUUUAUAUUGUGUUGUCUAAUGCCCAACUGACACUUGCACAUAUUGUGGUUCCUGCAUUGCCCCGCAUUGAUUUAUGGCAUGACUUGCCUGUGUCAGUGCACGCAUUUGUCGCGACAUAUUCACAUGUUUCCGCAUUGCUUGCACGUAGUUCACGCACUUUCCAGACAUGCUGUCAGCAAAUGUUCUCAACACCCUAUUCUGUGACGUAUAUAGCACAAAUUUAACAAUUCCAAUGCUCUGGUGUUGAUGCCCUCUACGUUUGUUGACGAGGAUCGCUUACACUGAUCACGUGGUCUGCACUCACAAUUUUGCGUAUAUCAUUCACAAACUAUGCUUGAAGUAUAUAUAUGCUAAGCCUAUGGCCAAAGUAUGAGCGCCCUGUUGUGAGCUUGUCGUGAACUGCAUGCCACUCCCCCGGGGGGUGUGCCUACUAUUGCUUGCGCCACAAAAUUUCAAUUUUGAUGCCACACAGUGGCUCGUCUAUGUUGCGCAUAGUUAACGAAUGGUUCACAAAUUUGUAAUGUAUGCCCAUGUUGAAAAUUUGGGCAUGCAUUACAAAUUUGUGAACCAUUCGUAAACUAUGCGCAACAUAAACGUGCUACUGCGUGCAAAAAUUUUCAAUGUUGAAAAUUUUGGCACGCACCUCCUGCACCUAUCCCCAAGCAUAGUCCCUGCAUUAGCAUGCAUGAGUAUGUGACCGUGCGCAAACUAUGCAGGAACCACAUUGCAUGCAAGUGUCAACCAGGUUUAUCUCCAAGGUAUACAGGAACACACACAGUUGGAAUAUAAGUGACGUUAAAACAAAGGUGCACAAAGUGGAUUGGGAAUGCAUAUAUUUUACACAAAACUAGUCUUUGUUAUUUUUACAUUAUGGUGUCUUUGAAGGGCAUUAACAAGGCAUAUGACAAGAAAUGAACAUCUUUUCUUUCUUUAGAUUUAUGAAAUGUAUGACAGCAGUUGAAUCUGGUAAAUGUUCCUGGUUUUUAACAUAUGAAAACAAGAAAAAAUGGAUAAGAAUGUAUGACUAAAGAAACGGUUUCUAUGACAAGGGAGGUGUGCGACAUCAAUUUUCACAAUGCAACAUUUUUACAUUGACUUGACAACUCCAUGCAUCAUUAGUUAUAUAUGAAAAUCAUGUGAAUGCAUGUCAUUAAUUGGGACGAGGGUAUCCACAUAGAUGAUGUUGUAUUUAAAGACUUAAAAUCUUUAUUGGUAUUGUGAACAAUAUCAGAAUUAUUCAGGAAGAUGAUGGGCCCCGUAACACAAAAUUUAAAUUGAUCAUAGGACUGAUUUUUAUUAUUGAUUGUAUUGAUCAUUCUAUAUAAUUGAUCAUAAAAAUCAGUUUUUAAACUUUGUGGGCCACAAGUAAUCCUGUCAAGCUGUAUUUUUCUGAAUAAGACAUCAAUUUAUCGCAGAUUGUUCCAUUUCAUAGAAGGAAUGGGUGUGAGCAGUGCUAUCAAAUUAUAUUGAUUUAUGGUGUACAUAAUCUUUUAUAAAGAUAUGUUAUAUACAUGUUAAUCAUUUCUUUAAAACAAAAGUAAAAGAAACAAAAAUAAAUGCAUGUAUGAGUCAACAUGUGUUCAGAACAUGUGUGUAGGAGAGAAUACAGUAGGUUGAUAUAUAUUAUUAUUGUUGUGAAAGGCUUCCAAAGUCUGACAUACUACAUGUUCGUGUAGUUAUAGCAUGUCUUUCGUAAAGAAUUCUUUAUGUUUUCCAUAAGUGGAUGUUGGUGAGCAUUAAAUAUCAAUUUCUUCAUCAGUAGGAAUGUUGUGAUUUGAUACCUUUGUCUGUAGAGAUAAAUGGGGGUAGGAGUUUUAAAGCUGGGUGAAGCAAACUGAUGGGCAAUUCAACAAAAUGGACUUGACAUAUAAACAGUUCUGAAAUUUCAGACACAUAUAAAGAUUUAGUUUUCAUAUCAGUGAUUUUUUUUAAAUUGACCAGUUGUAGGCAUAAAGGACAUGAUAUAAUAAGCACAUCUAUAUUACAGUUUAAGGAAGCUAUUUGGACAACCACAAUUACUAUGUUCUUGCAAGAAUUUUGUAAUAAUGUCAUUAACCCUAACAGGACUGGGAGGGGGCAUCAUCAAAAUGCACAGAACUGCACUUUUUAUCUGUCUUUUCCAACUUUUUGACACCAAAAUCACGACAUACGGGUAUAGCUGAAAGUACAACAAUGUACUAGACUUUGUGUAAAUUCAGUGGAAGUUGGUUUUUUAGAACAAUUAUUUUCCACUCUAAUAAUUGGUCACCUAUCAAUUUUGCUUGUUGGAUGGUGUGUAAUAAUAUUCACUGAAAAAAAGGGAAUGGAAAAGAAAUGCACAGAAAUGAAGUGAGCUUUUACAAUUUUUUCAAUGCAGUGGCCCUCAAGAUCAGAAAUGGGACCCUUAGUGGCCCAGUGCUAUUAGGGUUGACCAGAUCCUUAUCUGACAGUCUGAUAUAUGUAUUUGUGGUAACACUUCACUGUUCAGAGCUUUGGCAAAGCUUUAACAUAAUGCUGCUAUCAUUCAGAAUAAAUUCUGUAUAAUUGGGUCUCAACAUUACCUAUAUUGUAGAAUGUCAUGUACAAAAAUGUGCCUACACUUGUCAAUAUUAACUGUUUUAAUGUAAUUUAUGCAUGUAAAAAGAUGCAAGUUGCGACAAAAGGCGAGGCAUUUGUAUUUUCGUUUGGUAUUCAUCAUUUUCACUUUGGGAUUGUAUGCAAUUCAGAAAAAUAAGGCACAUUUUGUGUAAAUUUCACAAGAGCUUUGUUUUGUGUGUGAUUUUGACUAGCUGACGUCACACUAACUUGUAGCAACAGUGUUGACCUUCUUCGCUAAUGAGGAAAAAAAAACAGGAUUCCAUUUAGAUGUCCUGGUGGGCAAUAAGACCAGAGUUGAAUUUAGUAUCUCCAAGAUUUUUUGAUAGAUAAAACAUCUAAGAAACUGACUAAUGUAAAAGUCUCGGUAAGAACAUAAGCCUGUAAUGAAUACAAUAAAUUAUAAUUGUUGCUACUUGUUAACAAGAAUACCAUGAAACAACUUUAUCAUGCAUCUCUUGUUAUGUAGAUCCCUCUGCACUGCGUAUGGACAAAAUUGAUACUACAGGUUACAAUAACUUUAAUUCUGCUUAUUACUUUUAUUUACUGAAACUACCAUUAUAUCAUUAUCUAAUGUACUUAAUCUUUUAAAGCCUGUACUGAAAUUAAUAUUCAUCAAAUGUAUCAUUUUGUAUUCAUUUACCCUGUAUAGUAUACAGAAAUAUUGGGAUUUAUUGAAUUUAUGAACAAGCAUAAAAACUGCCUUCAUUUGAUUUGGUUCGAUUUACUCCGAUUCUGAUAUAAAUCGGGGAAACUGCCUUUUUCCCGUCUAAUUUGAAUAGGACUAUUUCUAAUAGAUUUUAGAAAAUGAUAUUGAGGAAAAAAAAAAAAUCAGCUCAAAAAUAUAAAAUCAGUCUAAUAUGAUGCAAAUACAUAGCUGGGGUUUGAAUGUAUUAUUGGGUUACUGGAUAAUUCAUCCUUGUAUUGCACCAGGUUCAUGACAAUGAAUGUUUCCAAAAAUGUGGGAAGAAUGUUUAUAUAUGUAUUGUGAUAUUAUUUUUGUUUAUUUAUUAUAGGUGUCGGGUUAAUGCUGACUAUUGUCCAGUUUUAUUGCUUUGUUUUGUAAAUAACUGUAUUUACAUAAUAUGUAUAGUCAUUUAUAAACAAGAGUGUAAAAUGUCAUGUUCUAAACCAUGAAUCCAUUUUGGGUACAGAUGACAACUAUUAAAUGCAUUCAUAAGAAAAUGAAACAAUAA